AUGGACAACCGAGUGUCCCUCGGCUACAUCCAGAAGGCCGUCUGGGACGGACGCUUGCCACUGGAAAUCGUUCUAGCUCCAUCAGAAAGCCGAACCUUUGAUAAAACAGACCCAUAUCUUGUCGCAUAUUCACGCAUCUCAUAUCUGCCCUCCUUGCUCCCAAGACUUCGGGCUUUCUUUUCGAGCUCGCUGAUAGACCCAAACUCCCAGUCUCAUGAUGGCUGGUUCGAGUUUGAGGGUGUGCCUUUGAAAUGGCAUUACCCAGUUGGCCUGUUAUUUGACCUCUACGCUGGCGCAGACCCGGCCUCGAAGACCGCUACUAGAGGUGACGAGUCCACAGAGGGCGGGUCAUCAUUGCCUUGGCGUCUGGUAGUGCACUUCAGCGACUGGCCUCAUGACCUUGUUCGGCUUGAUGCCAAUGGAAUGGUCAUGAAUGACGCCUUCAUAAACAGCGUGAAAGAGGCAGAUUUCCUGCGAAAUGGCACAGCCAAAGGCAUCAUGAGUCUAUCAAAAGAAGACUCUUCGGGCCUUUGGAAAGCAGUUGAAGAAGUUGAUCUCCCUUCAUUCCAGCGCAUAACGAGUAUCCUCCUUCCUCAACCGUCACAGCCUUUCCGCAAUGUACCGAUCCGCAUAUUUCUACCACUCCCACCGGAUGCUGAAAACUCGGCUUUGAAAGUGGUACAAUCGCCAUUGCCACCUUCAAUGCCAGCGUCAAAUAUGCAGGCAAGUCAAAUGUUAAGCUCCCGGGCCAGUCUCGCCCCCCAGCCACAAACCAUCGGAACUGUGUUGCACACAUUGUUACCAAAUCUCUUUCCCAGUCGCAGAACUCCAGUCCUUGCGAAGCCCGUAUUACAUGGUGCUGUGAUACCCAUGUCUGCACCCAUCGAGGAGGUCGUGAGGAGCUCUGCUUACGGUGAUGGAUGGGCGUAUUUAGUCAUUCGUAUGAUGGGUUGA